CUCGAGAGUAAAAAUAAAAACGAAAACAAAAAAAGCUCCUUUGAAUUGAACGGAAUGGCAGUAAAAGAAAGUCCCAGAAGCCAUAGGGUUACUAUUGGUGACCUACCUUCCCCACACUCUAUUUCAUUAUUGACAGAUUCUCCUGAAUCCAGUCCGGAAUGUUCAAGGUCUGGUUUCUCAAACAGUAAUCCAACUAGAACCACACUUCCUACAGAUCUUUCAUAUCCAAACUGGCCUAGCAAUGACGAUUUCAAGCCGAAAGACCCUGAUUUUCAAUUACGACAAACGAUGCGUGGAUCCCCAUCAAGGCGUAAUCAAACAAAAAUGCUCCUCGUGGCUUUGAUUGAAUAUUUCUGUAAUACCUAUGGAGAUUCUCCUGAUGCAAAUCAUCGCGUGUUUUUUCUUAUUUGCCAGACACUACGCUCAUUGGGCUUUAUUGAUGCUGAGUUCGUCGAUGAAGUAGCCAGUGUUCGAUCUACUUUUCAACAGGCGUUUCGCAAGUUAUUUUACACGGCUGUGCAGACAGUUAACAAUCAACAUGUCCCGAGAAUUGGAAAUGAUCAGCGGUUGACGUUGCCCGACACCGGCGCCAGAACCGACCAGAGUUCAAAUGAUAGGCUCAACCCCUUGAACUUUGACACUCUGUCUUUAAUGUCUCCCAAUUCAGAAAAUGGAGAACCGAGCAAUGAAAAGGCUGUGGAUCUGUUUUCAAAAGGAAAUGUGUUUUACAACCUGAGUGUGCACAACUCAAGGUACAGAAAUGACUUUGUGGAACUAGGAUUACUAGGCAAAGGUGGCUUUGCGAGCGCAUGGAAAGCACGUAAUAAGCUUGAUGGGAUUGAAUAUGCUGUCAAAAAGAUUCGGCUAGGACAAGAUCUUGAAGAAGAGUUUGGAAAAGACAAUCCCUAUGAAAAGAUAUUUCGAGAGAUAAAGAAUCUUGCCCGACUUGAGCAUCAGAACGUGAUUCGCUAUUAUGCAUCUUGGCUUGAAUACGAUGACUCUAAUGCAAUCCACAAAUCUUCUGAAGAUUCGGACGAAAGUGAGUUUCUAGACAAUCGCACCGAGGCUAGUCAGUACGAAUCUCCAGCCGGCGACAGCUCUUGUUGCACGACCGGUGAUGACACAUCUUCUGUGGCAACAUUCUCUGUGGCCGAACAACAGCAGCACAUCAAUUGGGAAGAACCUUCUGAUAUGGGCAUUGUGUUUGAAACUGGUUCUGCUGAACCUUCGGUGGACGCUUUCUCAGAUUCAUUCAACCAAAGCAAGUCUUUUGUGAAUAAUCGUAAUUGUUCAUCUGGGACAUAUUCUCUGAGUAGCGGUACUCAAGCUAGCAAGUGCAAGAAAAGAAAAGAUCAAGGUAGCUGGACUCUGUUUAUUCAGAUGCAGCUUUGUCCUACAACCUUGUUUGAUUACAUAAAGACAAGAAAUCAGGAAGGGUCUACUGAUGCAAUAGACUGUCACAAGAAUAUCUUGUUAUUCUCUCAGAUUCUUCAAGGAGCAGCCUAUAUUCAUGAUCGCGGAUUGAUUCAUCGUGAUCUGAAGCCUAGUAAUAUAUUUCUUAGUGUGCCUUCUUCACAUAGUGAAAAUGGGCGUACUUCACGUAGAUCCAGCCUGACUGUUCCUUCGGAAGAACUUCCACGGCGCAAGAGUAUAUGCAGCGAAGACUGGGUACCCAAAAUAGGAGAUUUUGGAUUGGCUGCAACUGUGCUAGACGAAACUGGAGAUAAAACCAUAGUAUUGCCCACUUCAAUAGUGUCAGAGCCCAAAAGUCAAUUGGAUAUGGACAUACCCGAUGGAACGACCACUAGCCAAACUUUACUCAAGAAACGACCUAAACUACCUAUGCGCACUCGCACGAUUGGUGUUGGCACACGUACGUAUGCCUCUCCUGAACAACUUGCUGUCCCUGCGCAGGCUUAUGAUGAAAAGGUUGAUAUCUACUCGCUCGGGAUUAUCUUCUUUGAACUCUAUCAACCUUUUACUACUGGUAUGGAGCGAGCAACUGCCAUAGACAGACUCAAGGAUGGUUUGUUCCCCGAUGGAUUUGUCAAACGAUUUCCAAAAGAGUCCGCUCUUAUACUUUGGAUGAUGGACAAGGAUCCGGCAAAGAGACCUAGUGCUCACAGAUUACUUGAGUUUGAAUUAUUUGCACAGGCUACUGAUAUGUUUGAUCUUCUGCAAACCAGGUUUAUGAAGAAAUCGGAUGCUUUGGAGAUAAAGAGCCAUGAAGUCGAACUUUUGAAAAAAAGACUUGAACUCAUGGAACAAGAACAAGAGAAGAGUAAGAUGACUAUAAGUGAAAUGGAGCAUAGACUUGGAAACAUGCAGAUCCAGCUCAACAAGGCUAUUAGCCAGGGAUACAAUGUUGAGUGAUAGCAUGGCUAUACUUAAGCCUUCUCAUUUUCCUCUCACUCCCUCUCUUUUUCUUCUCUAUCUUAAAGAAAAGGUGUAUAUACGCUAUAAUAUUACCCAAUUUUUUAUAUUUCCAUUGUCGCUUAUUUCAUUGGAAUGAGUAUUUGCUUAUUUCCAAAAUAUACAUACAUACAGAUAUUCAUAUAUCUUGUUUAUUUCCAUACCAACCAACCAACCAAUAUAUAUAUAUAAUAUAUAUUUACAUGCUUUGUUUUCUAUUGCUUUAUUGUUAUUAAUUUUUUGAAUUUGAAACCACAUAAAUAUUUUUCAUUUUGCAAAGCCU